GCUCCUGCUUGUUCUGCAAGAAAAGGGUUAACCCAGCCUGGUAGGGAUCUGCCCCCUGAGUGUUAUCUGGGUGGGGGCUCUUUCUUAUCUCCCGGGGGCAGGAGUCACAUGGGAGAAGCACUGAGUGGGGAGUGUGAGUGAGGGCUCCAUUCAACAUGUGCCAGAGAGUCGUAACUGUCACCCUCCUCAUCCUCAUCUUUUGCAGACUGAAGACUCCAGUAGGUUCUUCUGGGCCAAACCAUUUGCUUUCCCAGGAUGUGUUCCUCAAGUGCCUGUUUGUGGCGGAUCCCAUGCCUAUCAAGCCGGGGGCCCUGAGGGUGCGUUGGGAGCACAAUGGCAGGACGUUAGUGCGGUUCCACCAUGGGGAACUUGUGGUUUAUGAGCCCCGGGCACGGUUUUCCCAAGCAGAGGUUGAGAAGGGAAAUGUUUCUCUCACCCUGACCAACGUGACUCUGAGGGACAGCGGCCAAUACAUCGGCGCAAUUCACUAUGGAGUUAGCCAAGUGCAAUGUGGCUUCACCCUGACCGUGCAAGAACAGAACCAAAUCAGCCUCGUGACACUUUCUGCCCCAGAACACGCAGCUCUGGCCGCCGCCCACAAAGCUACAGACCCAACCCACCUGCCCCUGGGGGGGUCGGACCAUGAAGAGGCCCCGGUUGGCACCAACGUCACUUUGCGCUGCAACUUCACAGCAGACCCCGGCGUGGGGCUGGGCGACCUCUCUGCCCAUUGGAUAAAGGACGGGGACACCAUAUUCUUUGUAAACAAAACCUACACUUACCCCAAAAGUGUUGGGGCCCACAUUAAGGAGGAGCUACAGAAAGGGGAGGCGUCUCUGCCCCUGAGCGAUGUCACCAAGGAGGAUGCUGGGAAAUAUACCUGCGCCAUAAAGUAUGGCACCAAGUGGGGGUCACUGAGUAUCACUCUCCGAGUCCUGGGUGGCACAGACGGGCAGAGGAGUGAGGGUCCCAGUAUGACACAUGGGGCAGGAGGGGCAAUGGCCGCCUGGUGUGCUGCCCUCCUGCUGCUCUUUGGCUACAGGCCAUGAGGUACCUACCUGCCCAGUGCUGCCCUUACAGCGUCUAUAGAACAAUCCAUCCCGACCUUCCGCCGCCAUCUACAACUCCUUGACCUCCUCCUGCCGCUGCCACUGGGCCCGGACUGGCAAAUUGUGGCUCUGGCAAAUGCCAAGGGGGCUGUAAGGUGCCAUAGACAGUCACUAUGUAUUGGGCCCUCGCCCAUCUAACGCUGCCAUAGUGCCACUCCCACUAAUGGGCAAGUGCAGGAGGGCAGCUAUUAAUCUACCCCAGCCCCAUGCUGGUAUUACCCCCUCCAAUAGGCAAAAUAAGUGAGUGUCUGUACCUUUAAGAGAUUGUGUGUGCAGUCAGUAUCCACAAAGGGGAAUAUUUGGGUCUAUUAACCCUUGGGAAGGAGGUCACAUGACAGACGGGGCAGGGCACUGAGGGGUUAAACAGUAUCACAUUCUGGCGGGACAAGAGCAAAACAUCUCAUGUCUCGUCUCCCCUUUAUCUCCCUCUCACAUCUGCCUGUGUUUUCCCUCUCCCUCCUGUCUCCUCCCCAGUGUGUGUUGUGCCACUUUCUGCCCCAGAGCAUGCUGGGAAGGGGCCCAAGCUAUACAUUACACACAGUAAUGUGAGACCCCCCUAUUGGUUGUUGUUCCUUUAUAUUCCUCUUUAAUUUGCCGUGUAUACAGCCAAUGAUUAGGUGCCUUGCAGCACGAAACGCGUUGUAUUUUCUUCUUGACUAUUUCACCUACUGGGUUAUUCCGGAAAUUAAAGCUCGUUGGUUAUUUUAUUAAAGAGACUUUCACCUGUCUGUGGGUGGGACACCCCCUUAUUGAUCUAUAGCCCCAAUGUGUGUCCCCAAUAUAGACAAGCCUAAGGCAGUAAUGGGUUAAUACUUAUUAUAAGAAUAUGGUUUGAAUGUUUGAGAGUGAAAAGUCUGGCAGGCACCCCUGCACCCCUGCACCCCUGCACCCCUGCACCCCUGCACCCCUGCACCCCUGCACCCCUGCACCCCUGCACCCCUGCACCCCUGCACCCCUGCACCCCUGCACCCCUGCACCCCGGCACCCCUGCACCCCGGCACCUCUGCACCCCGGCACCUCUGCAUCCCUGCACCCCGGCAACCCGGCUCCCCAGCACCUCUGCACCCCGGCACCUCUGCACCCCAGCACCCCUGCACCCCAGCACCCCUGCACCCUUGCACCCCGGCACCUCUGCACCCCUGCACCCCUGCACCUCUGCACCCCGGCACCCCUGCACCCCGGCACCUCUGCACCCCGGCACCUCUGCACCCCGGCUUCCCCGGCACCCCGGCACCUCUGCACCCCUGCACCCCGGCUCCCCAGCACCUCUGCACCCCUGCACCCUGCACCCCUUGGGGAUAAUAGACAGUAAUAACAACAGAUGUAUUUGCAAUUAACCCAUUUGCCUGUGGAAGUUACUGAAUAUUUUGCUUCCAAUAGAAAUAAAUAAAGGCCAAUAAAAGCAUAUAAAGCCGUUCCUGUGUUACCCUGAAGCCCCCCCGUAUCACAUGGUGUUGCCCCGGCCGGGGGGCUAUAGAGACGGCUUCCACUUCUGACCAAUAAACUGACUUUCUGAGA